AUGAUUCUCACGAGUGAUGGCUGUGUCUAUGGAUGGGGUUAUAAUAUGGACGGACAGUUAGGUUGUGGACCAGACAGUGAUAUACAAAAUAAGGGCAUAUUUCGAGUGCAUUUCAAUCCAAAUCACGAAAUUAAAAGCAUUUAUUGUUGUGCUUACUCUUCAUUUGCCAUCACAUCUGAGGGACAAGCGUUUAGUUGGGGUCGAAAUCAUUGGUAUAAUUUGGGACACAAUUCAUCAGAUAAUAUAUGGGAACCACAACUCAUUGCAGACAUGACUGGUAUUAAGACUAUCUGUUCUAAUGGUGGCAUCACUUUCAUCUUAUCAAACGAUGGAUUCAUUAGGUUCUGCGAGUUAUCAAACAAUGGUAUGAAUUGCGUUGAGGUGUCAUUCAUAGAGUACGUACAGCCAGUUAGGGUAGGUGUUUACGAAGUGAAUGAAUACAAGCGUGUGUGUGAAGAGUUGCAUUCAUUAGGUUCGGGAGCUUUUGGGGAAAAUAUUGUGUCCAAUAUUUCAAUCAAUGGCGUCAAGCCAAAGUAUAUUAUAUUCAAAUGGAAUUGUGUUCCCAUAGUCUGCAGACUAUUCUUGAACACAAACCACAAGUAUUUGGUCGAAAACCGGAAGAACCCAUGA